AUGUAUAUAUGGGCGAAGUCGCGUAGGGUUUUCUUCAUGCCGGAAAAGGAAAGUUUCCAUGCGCCGAGCCUUCUUCUCCACGUCGUGUAUGGGCCGACAUUGUACCAAGGAAAGCUCCAAACAUUAGCCAGGCCUCUUCUCUAUUCGAUCAAGGCCUUUGGCGCUGCUGCUCGGGCCAUUAGACACUCCAAAUCCUCCAUGGGCUUCGUUUACUCGCUUACCGGACAUGUCUCGGUGCAAGAUCUUAACUUGAAUUCUCCAGGCCGUUUUGAAGCCACAUGUUCCUGCAAAGAGUGA